AUGGACUCCCAUGAUGCAGAUGAGGCUCUGAACGAAGAUGAGCCGCAGACUCUUCCUGUGGAGGGAAAUGCCUGUACCUCUAGUCAUGUCCCAAACCCUGAGGGCAAAAAUCAAUAUCAGCAUUGUCCGUUAAUUCGUUAUUGGGUUGUGACUGAUCCAUUCCUCCAGAAAAUCCUUACCCAGUAUCACCAUGAUAAUAUCACAAAUAGGUCAAAAAUCAGUCGUCUUCUCCAGGCAGAGCAUGGUAUAGUCAUGAGUGAAGCAACUGUUGCACGAUGCCAGCAGCAAUUCGGACUCCUUGGAAGUGGGCAGCUGACUUGCUUGCUUCCAUGGUCAAUCAAGCGGCAAUUGGUGCUCGAUCAGCUUGCACGGGAUCCCCUUCACUGCCGUGGGCCCCGUUUAGUCCGGGAAGCAAUUGUGGCGGACACUGGUAAUCUACUGACAAGGAAAUAUGUGAUGGACGAGAUGAGGCAACAUGAGCCGGACGGGUUUGCCCAAUGGGGACGUUCAAAAAAGAAGAUUUCUCGUUUUCCUAUAUGGGCAAUCCGUGACCAGUGGUCUGGAAAGUGGUUGGGAAUGUGGGUUGUCCCAAACAACUGGCUCAAGACAUCAAUUGCAUACCUUUAUUUAUCCCUCCUCCAUGAGCUUGGUGGGAUGCCACUUCAAACUACGACUGAUUGUGGAAGUGAGAUGACAGAUGUAUAUGGUUUCGCAACAGCUUUAAGGGAAAUAUUUUCGCCAAACCUAUCAACUGAUGAGUUACCUGCCCAUUGGUUUCUGAAGAGCGUUCAUAAUAUCACCAUCAAGUGUGGUUGGCUUCAUGUGCAGGUUCAAUGGGGAGAUAAUGUGAAAGUUUUUUGGGAAGUGGGUGAAGAGAUUUAUAAUGAUAUGGAUCCACGCCAGUAUGCUCUCGUUCAGUGGCUAUGGCCGCGCUUAAUUCAACAAGAACUCGACACACUCAAGCAUCGUCUCAACACACACACUGUUCGCUAUGACCGAGAUAAACUAUUGCCUUCAGGUGUCUCUCUGAAUGUUGGAAUAUUGCUUCACAAAGACUAUGAUGCGCAGAACUGUCUGCAGUUAGUGGAUCGUGAUGUCGUCAAGAACCUCAUGGAGGAGAUUGGUGGUGAGGAUCUCAUUCGUUUUGUUGAUUCUGAAUAUAGUGCCGCAGCGCAGUUGAUAUUUGAUGGCCUUGGAUUCACUAUCUUAACUUUCAAAAAUGUCUGGUCCGUGUUUUCAGCAAUGCUACCAUUAAUAUAG